AUGAAUCGUAAUGAAAGGCAGCCGAGUUACCGAUUGCUCGAAGAAAUUGGACGAGGUUCUUUCGGAUCUGUUAGAAAAGUUGUGAGAGAAACAGACAAUAAAGUACUAGUCCGGAAAGAAAUUAGAUAUGGUCAUAUGAACUCUAAGGAACGCCAGCAACUCAUAGCGGAAUGUUCUAUCCUUUCGCAAUUGAAACACGAUAACAUUGUGGAAUUCUUUCACUGGGACCACGAUGCAACUUCGAACACUUUAUUUCUGUACAUGGAAUAUUGUUCGAAAGGAGACCUCUCACAAAUGAUCAAAUAUUACAAACGCCAACGUAAGUAUGUUCCCGAGAGUAAUGUUUGGAGGAUUAUGGUUCAGAUAUUGAUGGCUUUAUUUAAGUGUCAUUAUGGUAGGGAUUUGCCUAAGUUGCAAACGGUGCAUGAUGAAAUCGAAGAGCCUUCAAAAUCGAAAGGAAACGUGGUCAUCCAUCGUGAUUUAAAGCCCGGAAACGUUUUUCUGACCGGAUAUGAUGAUGAAUUCAACCAAAAUGCGUCCAAUGUGGAUUACGGUAAAGUGAUAAUCAAGCUAGGAGAUUUUGGGCUUGCGAAAUCGCUGCAAUCGUCUAUCGAAUUUGCAACUACAUACGUUGGCACACCAUACUAUAUGUCGCCAGAAGUACUUCGAGAUCAGCCAUACAGUCCAUUAAGUGACAUAUGGUCAUUGGGAUGUAUAUUAUAUGAGAUUUGUGCGCUACACGUACCAUUUCAGGCUAAAACAUAUACCGAACUACAAAGCAAGAUAAAAUCAGGUUUAUAUGAGCCACUUCCGCAAUUUUACUCUUCUAGUUUGAAAGAAAUGAUAAGUAAAUGUAUCCAGGUAGAUUUCACUAGGCGACCAAGUACAUGGACCUUGCUGAACGAUAUCCAGUGUAGAAUAACAAGAAAGGCAUUGGAUCUUGAGAAAUUCGAAAGGCAUCUAUUGAAUUACGAGCACGAGCUAACGCAGAUCGGCGAAAUGCUGGAACAACAUGCAACAGAGAUGAAGCGAGACUUCAACACAGCAGUAGAGCAACGUGUGCGUGAAAUUCUUAACGGAAAUACAAAGACAAAUUCGAGCCCAGGCCCUGGUGGGGCUCCGAUGAUUACUGGAGCUGGUCACGUGAACAUGAAUAUGCCAAUGCGCACUCCUUUCAGGAACCCGGCAAACAUAAAUAGGAACUAUCGUUAA